AUGAAGAAUGAUAAAAACGUGCAAAAUAGUGUGAACACAAAGACAUUCAACACUUGUUUUGAUAAUAUAGAUUUGAAUUGGGCUUUUUUAAGAAAUAAAAAUUUAAAGAAUGGACCAAACUUUUCCUUCUUCUAUGAGUAUGCACAUGACAGGUCAAUAUUGUCUCUUUCCCUGGAUGAAAGUGGUACCUACAUGGUCACUGGAAGCGCGGAUCAUUCUCUGCGUAUACACAACCUGAAAAAUUUAUCUACUAUAAAGGAACUGUACCAUAAAAAAUGUGGACAUUAUGAUUGGGUGAAUAAUGUUUUUUUUACGAAAAGAAAUGAAGUUCUUUCGGGGGGGCUAGAUGGAAAGAUAUGUCUGUGGAAUACCACAUAUUCAUGCAAGGCAUCAAGAAUAAAUAAAAUUAUGAAUUGUUCAGAAUAUUUAGAAAAGGCAAAAACAGUUAGAGAAGUAACAUUUAAAGCCUCUAGUAACGUAACUACAUGCAAAGAAAUGUAUGCACAUCAUUCCACCAUUAGUGACAUGAAAUUUGAUAAAAAAAAUGAAAAGUGCAUUACAAGUAGUUAUGAUAAAACAUUAAAACUUUUUGACAUAAAGAAAUUUCAGGAGCUAGCUAUUUACAAAGGUAGUCAUUUACACCCUAUAACGAAAUUUUUAUGGUUACAAGAUAAAAUUAUAUCAGCUGACAAAAAUGGAGCCGUAUCUGUAUUUGAUGUAGGAAAUUCUCAGGAAGUGCUCCAUGCGAAAAACACACAUUGUGGUAAUAUAGGUGCUUUAAAUUACUUUUAUUUAUACAAAAAUGGUUAUUCCAAUUUUAUGGACAAGCGUGUGGAAGAUGGGAAAGAUGUACAUUGUUCAGAAUCAUCAUUCGGUGAUUUUACCAAUGAAGACAAUUUAAAGAAAAAGGAGCGAGAUAAGAGGAGCAGCAGUAGUAGCAGCAGAUGUAGUGGCAAGAACUUAUCCAAAAAAUGUGCUGCUCAUUUUACAAAAUCAACGAAUUUAUUUGAAAAAAAAGAUGAUCACUUGAAUUUGAAUAAUGAAAAAACUCCCUUAAUAAUAACAGGUGGACAAAGUGAUGGAAUUGUCAAAAUAAGAGAUUUUAGAAUUUUUCAUAAAUACAUUAGCUGCAAAAAAAUACAUACUGCUAGUAUAAAUUCUAUCAUAACGUAUAAUGUGAACAACAGAAGUUACAUUAUCACUUGUUCGGCUGAUGGGAAUUGCUUCCAAUUCGAAAUUCAUUCUAUUUGUUCAUCAAAUUUGAAUAAUUUUUUAAAAAAAAUAUCCGUUAAUGAACCCAUUCUUUCUGCGAGAUACAUCGGAAACCACUUUCUCUUGGUUGGUACAGCUUUUGGAAAUUUAUUUUUAUUAAAUUUUUCUGACUGUUCAGAAAAUUCGUUAACAUUAAAACAAAAAAAAAAUUUGAAUACAAUUGGAGAUGUAGUUUAUCAUCUAAAUCCCUUGAUUGAAAAAAAAAAAAAAAGUAAUAAACAUACUAGGAAUGACACCUUGGUCUCAAUAGAGUUCCCCAAAGAGGGAUAUAUCAAAACAGAUAUAAUUCCAGCUGAACAUGAAAAAUCUCCUAAUGACAUAUUAUGGGCCUUUGGGGCAUGUAAAAAGGGGGGUAUUAAUUGCAUAGAAUGUAUUUUUAUAUAUAAUGAAAAAAAAGUAUGUACAAAUGAAUUCGAAAUAUGCAAUAUCGUAACAAGUGGGGAUGACGGAAUUCCCUGCUUGUUGUCCAUUCCUAACUCGUAUAUGUAA